CUUGUUUUUUUUGUUUUCUUAAUCUGUCUUGUGUAUAUACAUAUGUCUCCUCUUUUACUAUUUGUAUUUUGAUCUCUUCGUUGACUAUGGGUAGAAGGAACUUUUGGCGCGGUGAAGAUGCCCGCAAGAAACGCCGUGAGCGUUGUCUUGCUUCCGGGUAUAUUUCACGAGUCCACGAGGAAGAAGACUCUCUCAGGGGCAAAAAUGACUGUCUUGAGGAGACUCAAAGACUACAGCGCGAGAAUGUAGCUUUAUAUACGGAGUAAGUGACCUCGUAGAAAGCCAAAAAUUAGGUCUAUCCUCACCUUGUUUAUCAGAUAUCUUGUGGAAGAGAAGUAUGAGGGACCUGGAUAUGUUCUCAAGAUCGGUACCCCUGCUCUAGAUAUUACGCGCAUCAAAGAUUUUAUUCGAUGGUACAUAGCCUCUGCUGAGGGCAGACUCAGUAAAGAGAAAAAGCUUAUGGUGAGAACUACCGGGUCGUUUGCUGAG